GACAUUUUACUUUCACUUUCUGACAGAUUUGGUCAUGUCGCAGCUGAAUUUCUCCGUUAAAAUCUUCAUUAAAAGAGGAAGGUAGAAAGAGUGUGAGAGCUGGUGUGACUUCAGCAGCAUGGAUCAGUGUGAGGAUGGAGAGGAGGGAGUCUCUCCCUCUCAACCUCCUUUGUGUGAUGAACAUAAGAGCCAACAAAAACCUCAGAGAACUCAACCUCAACCCAAAUCUGAACAUGGACCCAGACCUGAACCCAGCAGUGUGUCAUUAAAGAGUGAUGUGUCGAUGGAUAAACCCAUUAACUUCAAAUUAAACCAACGUCUAGCAGCAAAGAGGACCUAUGAGAGGCAAGAAUCUGGACCUCAACACAAACAGAAACGUGGAUCUGACAGACCAGUGGACCAGCAGAGCUCAGAGCUUCCCAGUGGUCAGUUUGCCCAGCAGCAUCAAACACAGCUGGACUCCAUAUUUAUGUCGCUGCAGGACAACAUAAUCAGUUUUGUGAAGAAUCAGCUGAAAAAGAUCCAGAAGGUUCUAAGUCCAGGUUACUCAGAUCGCUCAGUGUUGAAGGGUGAGGAUGAAGAGCAGAAGAGCAGCAGAGAGGCAUUUGUGAAGAUCACAGUGGACUUCCUGAGGAGGAUGAAGCAGGAAGAGCUGGCUGAGUGUCUGCAGAGCAAACUUUUUUCUGUAGUUUGUGGAUGUAAACAUAAAUCUGCUCUGAAGAAGAAGUUCCAGUGUGUGUUUGAAGGGAUUUCUAAAGCAGGAAAUCCAGCCCUUCUGAACCAGAUCUACACAGAGCUCUACAUCACAGAGGGAGGGACUGCAGAGGUCAAUGAUGAACAUGAGGUCAGACAGAUUGAAAUAGCAUCCAGGAAACCAGACACAUCAGAAACAAUCAUCAGACGAGAAGACAUCUUUAAACCCCCACCUGGAAGAGAUGAACCAAUCAGAACAGUGAUGACGAAGGGAGUGGCUGGCAUUGGGAAAACUGUCUUAACACAGAAGUUCACUCUGGACUGGGCUGGAGAGAAAGCCAACCAGGACAUCAAGUUCAUAUUUCCUCUGACUUUCAGAGAGCUGAAUGUGCUGAAAGAGAGAAAGUUCAGCUUGGUGGAACUUGUCCAUCACUUCUUUACUGAAACCAAAGAAGCAGGAAUCUGCAGCUUUGAAGAGUUCCAGGUUGUCUUCAUCUUUGAUGGUCUGGAUGAGAGUCGACUUCCUCUGGACUUCCACAACAAUGAGACCCUGACUGAUGUUACAGAGUCCACCUCAGUGGAUGUGCUGCUGACUAACCUCAUCAGGGGGAACCUGCUUCCCUCUGCUCGCCUCUGGAUAACCACACGACCUGCAGCAGCCAAUCAGAUCCCUCCUGACUGUGUUGGCAUGGUAACAGAGGUCAGAGGGUUUACUAACCCACAGAAGGAGGAGUACUUCAGGAAGAGGUUCAGAGAUGAGGAGCAGGCCAGCAGGAUCAUCUCCCACAUGAAGACAUCACGAAGCCUCCACAUCAUGUGUCGUAUCCCAAUCUUCUGCUGGAUCACUGCUACAGUUCUGGAGGAUGUGCUGGAAACCAGAGAGGGAGGAGAGCUGCCCAAGACCCUGACUGAGAUGUACAUCUACUUCCUGGUGGUCCAGACCAAAGUCAAGAAGGUUAAAUAUGAUGGAGAUGCUGAGACAGAUCCUCUCUGGAGUCCAGAGAACAUGAAGAUAAUUGAGUCUCUGGGAAAACUGGCUUUUGAUCAGCUGCAGAAAGGAAACCUGAUCUUCUAUGAAUCAGACCUGACAGAGUGUGGCAUCGAUAUCACAGCAGCCUCAGUUUACUCAGGAGUGUUCACACAGAUCUUCAUAGAGGAGAGAGGACUGUACCAGGAGAACGUGUUCAGCUUCGUCCAUCUAACUGUUCAGGAGUUUCUGGCUGCUCUUCAUGUCCGUCUGACCUUCAUCAACUCUGGUGUCAACCUGCUCAAAGAAGAGCAUACAACUUCAAAGUCGUCUCAAUCAUUUAAAAAAAACACCUUUAAACAUCUACAUCAGAGUGCUGUGGACUGUGCCUCACAGAGUCCAAAUGGACACCUAGACUUGUUUCUGCGCUUUCUCAUGGGUCUUUCAAUGCAGACCAAUCAGAGUCUCCUACGAGGCCUGAUGACAGAGACAGGAAGUAGCUCACAGACCAAUCAGGAAACUGUUCAGUGUAUCAAGGAGAAGAUCGGCUACAAUAUCUCUACAGAGAGAAGCAUCAAUCUGUUCCACUGUCUGAACGAACUGAAUGAUCGUUCUCUAGAGGAGGAGAUUCAAGAGUUUCUGAGUUCAGGACGUCUCUCCACAGAUGAACUGUCUCCUGCUCAGUGGUCAGCUCUGGUCUUCAUCUUACUGUCAUCAGAAGAAGACAUGGUUGUGUUUGACCAGCAGAAAUACCCUGCUUCUGAAAAGGCUCUUCUGAGACUUCUGCCAGUGGUCAAAGCUUCUAAAAAAGCUCUACUGAACAGGUGUACUCUCUCGCGUAAAGGAUGUGAAGCGCUAUCCUUGGUCCUCAGCUCCCAUUCUUCCAGGCUAACCGAACUGGAUCUGAGUAUUGAAGAUUCAGGACUGGCGUAUCUGUCUGAUGGACUGCAGAGUCCAAACUGUAAAAUAAAAACUCUCAGGUUGAAUGUCUGUGGCCUCUCAGAGGGGAAUUUUGCCACUGUGUCCUCAUUUCUCAGCUCCCAAACCUUCAGUCUAAAGAAGCUGCAGCUGAGUAACUGCACCAUGCAGGGUUCAGGAGUGAAGCUGCUGCAUGAUCUGCAGAAUCCACACUGUCAACUGGAAACGCUCAGGCUUACUGUGUGUGAGCUCCAAAAGACAAGCUGUGAAGCCCUGUUCUUGGUUCUCAGCUCCCAGUCUUCCAGUCUGGUAGAACUGGACCUGAGUAACAAUGACUUGCAGGAUUCAGGAUUAAAGCAGCUGUCUGAUGGCCUGCAGAGUACAAACUGCAAACUGGAAACUCUCAGGCUUUCAGGCUGUCUGAUCACAAGGGAAGGCUGUGCUUCUCUGGCCACGGCACUGACCUCCAACUCCUCCCAUCUGAAAGAGCUGGACCUGAGCUACAACAAUCCAGGUGACUCGGAGGUGAAGCUGCUGAUGGCUGCAUUGAAGGAUCAAUGCAAGCUCAGGUUGGAGCCUACUGGAGAACGAUGGUUAAGACCAGGUCUGAGGAAGUAUUCCUGUCAACUCACAAUCAACACAAGCACAGUGAACAAAACGCUCAAACUGUCUGACAACAACAAGAAAGUAACACGUGUGGAGGAGCACCAGGCAUACCCUGAUCAUCCAGACAGGUUUAGCUAUGCACAGCUGCUGUGUGGAGAUGACUUAACUGGUCGCUGUUACUGGGAGGUGGAGUGGAAAGGAAAUGUUUGUAUAUCAGUGAGUUACAAAGGAAUCAGAAGGCGAGGAAACAACCGAGACUGUAUGUUUGGAUGGAAUAAUCAGUCCUGGAGUCUGAACUGCUCUGACGAUGAUGGUUACUCUGUCUGGAACAAUAACAGAAAAACAACCAUUAUCUCCUCCUCAUCCUUCCCCAUCUCCCACAGAGUAGCAGUGUAUGUGGACUGUCCUGCUGGAUCUCUGUCCUUCUACAAAGUCUCCUCUGAUACCCUGGUCCACCUUCACACCUUCAACACCACAUUCACUCAACGUCUGCUUCCUGGAUUUGGGUUCUGGUUACCUGAUUCUUCAGUGUUUAUGUGUUGACUAAAAACAGUUUCAUCCCAUCAGACAACCCCUGACUGUUGAACAAACAGCUCAGUCUGUACAUGUGUUGGGGAUACUACAGCAAAAAUGUCAUUCAGCCACACCCCUAACUCCACAGGGACUACUUCUACUCUCUCUCUGGCCUGGGCUCCAAGAACUUAAGUAACACCUCUUCGUGCCAUGAAGGCUCCAGAGAAUCACAGCUUUUUUCUGCAUGUGAUGGCAAGCGUUACGAAACAUUGAAGCCCUCCAGACAAUUCACGCAAACAAAACCUAUGCUGGUCAAAGAGGAAGACAGGCAGAUGUGUUUGAAUUCAUUUUAAAUGUAUGUUAUACUCUCAAAGAUGUCUUGCCAAAGUUUAAGCAAAGGAAUAAUUAUGGUUUGAAUUACAGUGGAGUGCAGUUCCUCUGAAAACAGAUGAGCUUCCCUGAAAACAUUCACCGGAGACACUACAAGGGGUAGCUCUAAAAAUAGUCCCCUCCCAGCUUGUUGCAAACUCCUGCAUUUCUGCACUGACUAGUUGCCUUCCAUUGACAGAGAAGAGUUCGUCAGGCAUGCCGUGUCUGGCAAAAAUAGAUUUCAAAGCAGUAAUGAUGUGCUUGCUUGUUGUACCACUUAACUUUAUGAUUUCUGGGUACUUGGAAAAGUAGUCCACACAGAGAAGAUAUUCUGCAUUAUUGAAAUGGAAUAAAUCCAUCCCCACCUUUGACCAAGCUCUCUCUGGGACUGGAUGAGACAUCAGUGGCUCUCUUGGAUUUUGGUUUUUGUAUUUGUUGCACACUGCACAUCGCUGUAUCACAUCCUUAAUCUCUUUGGCCAUCCCUGGCCAGAACAGGAUAUCUCUGGCUCUUUCCUUGCUUUUCACAAGUUCCAUGUGAAAUUCAUGAAUUUUCUCCAGCAUCUCUUCUCUCAUCUUUACUGGCACAAUCAGUUUUGAAUUUUUAAACACAAGUCCAUCAGAGUACGAUAACUCCUCUCUGAAAGUCCAGUACGGUUGUAGUUCCUCUGGAAUCUGUCUCCGUGACUCAGGCCAUCCAUUCUGUAUUGCUGCUAUGACCAGUUUCAGCCUCUCAUCUUGCUCUGUGGCCUCUUUGAACUGACUGAGCUUCUCUUCUGAAGCUGGUAGCUGUUGGGUUAUGUAGCUCACAUCCAUCUCCUCCUCCUGUGUGGUAUCUGGGAGAUCCUUCAGGCUGGCUCUACUUAAUGCAUCUGCAAUGUGCAUUUCUUUACCAGGCUUGUACAUCACCUGUAGGCUGUAUUUUUUAAGCCUCAUUAACAUCCUCUGCAGCCUGGCUGGAACCAUGUGAAGAGACUUCUUAAAAAUAAUCUCUAACGGUUCCGAUUCAACCUGCACAGAUCUACCAUACAGGUAUUGGUGAAAUCUUUCACAGCCAAAGACAAUUGCUAGCAGCUCUUUUUCAAUUUGACCAUAUAUUUUUUCACAGUCUGUGAGUGACCUGGAGCAUAUGCUACAGGAUGUCCUACCUGUAGGAUUACUGCUCCCAACCCACUUGUGCUUGCAUCAACUGAGAGUACAACAGGCUUUCCUACAUCAUAAUAUUUUAGCACUGGUGUGUUACUCACAAGUUCUUUGAGUCUUGAGAAGCUCUUCUGUUGUUCAUGUUCCCAUUGCCAGCCAGUUUCUCCCUCCAGUAGCCUCCUGAGUGGUGCAAACUCUUCUGAGAGACUUGGGAUAAAUUUUGCAUCAUACUGCACCAUUCCCAAGAACCUCUGCAGUUCUCUUGUCCUGUGGCUCUGGUAUUCCUUGUAUGGCUCUUACUUUUCCCAUGUCUGGUUUCAGUCCAUCUUGCUCAACACAUGUCCGAUGUAGCUUAUCUCACUGAGUCCAAUUUUGCAUUUGUCUCUAUUGAGUUUCAUGUUUAUGCUUCUCAGUCUGUCCAGCAGCUUUCUCAAUCGGUUGUCAUGUGACUCUUCAUCCUCACCCCACACCAGAAUAUCAUCAACCACGUUGACAACUCCUUUUAGUCCUUCUAUGUGUUGCUCCAAGCAUCUCUGAAAGACUUCUGGUGCUGAUGAUAUGCCAAAAGGAAGUCUCUUAAAUCUGUACCUUCCCAGCGGUGAGUUGAAAGUACAGAGUUUGGAGUGCUCUUCAUCUAACUGGAUCUGCCAGUAGCCAUGAUUUGCAUCCAAAACACAGAAAACCUUUGCAUUAGGCAUUUCAGAUACUACUUCCUCCACUGUCUUUAGAGGAUAGUGUUCUCUUUUUAUGGCCUUAUUUAAAUCUUGUGGAUCCAGGCAUAUUAGGAUUUUGUGUGGUUUCACUACAGUCACCAUGCUGCUCACCCAAUCUGUGGGCUCAGUCUGUCUCUCUAUGACACCAAGACUUUCCAUUCCUUUCAGUUCUUUCUCAACACUUUCUUUUAAAGCGACUGUAACUUUCCUUGGCGGAUGUAUCACUGAUGAAACUUCAGGAACUACUUGAAUAUGGUGACUUCCAGGAACACAGCCUAGUCCUGUAAACAGAUCUCCAUAUUCACACGUGAUGUCUGUCUGCAUUCUUCUUGUCACCCCAUAGAUCCUUUUUACCAUCCCCAGCUCAACACUAGACUCGCUUCCCAAUAUCGCUUUUACGUCUUGUUUUGACACCUGAAACGUUAUUUCAUACUCUCUGCCUUUGUAUGAGCACUUAAUGGUCUUCUGGCUUUUCUUUCUGUCCAAAAACACUCACUAGCUUGACGUUUGACUUUUUCAGUUUGUCAUCACUCAGUUUCAGCUUUUCUAAUUCGCUCUUAGAUAUGACGUUGCAGUCAGCACCUGUAUCUAUCAGCACUGUCAUUUGCUGGUUGUUGAUAUUCACAGUUUCUUUCCAGACAUCUCUGCCACUUUUUUGCAUCCACUCUAUUCACAUGUUUGUCUUCUGUUCUAACAUGUACAGUCCCUAUGAACAUGUCAUUAUCAUCAUUAUUUGUGUCAUAUUCUACACCUUGUACUUUCCGGCAGUUAUCUGUCUGUCAGCGACUCAUGCACAUUUUGGCGUAGUGAUUUUUACAGUGACAUUUGUUGCAGGUUUGACCAUAUGCUGGGCAUUGUCUUGCUUCAUGUUUAUAUCCGCAUCUUCCACAAUCUGCGUGUGAUUUCUUCAUCUUUGUUUGUGGCUUGUCUUUCCUUUGCUUGUGUUGCUUAUGUAUUUUUUGCACUUGCACGUCAUUUUCUUCAUGUAGCUUUUUAAGCUGGCUCUGGCUAACUUCUGCUGCACGGCAAAUAUCUGCAGCUCCUCGAAGCAUUAGCUCGGGCUCUCUUAGCAAUCUGCCUCGGAUUUGAUCAUUUGUAAUACCACAUACGACUCUUGUCUCUUUUUCACAGUCUUUUGCUUUGUUCUUAAGAUCUGUGACAUAGGCAUCAAUGGAUUCAGCAUUGCCUUGUACUCUGGUAUUAAACAAAUGUCUCUGGUA